GUGUGACGCCUUGUCCUGUGACCAGCUGGUGGUAUCGAGCAGCUGGAAUUAGUGGAGUUUCAACUUCACUGAUCUCGUUGAAAUGUCCGCCAGCAACUCAGAAUUCCUCACGAAGUUUGAGACAAAGAGUAAUCGUGUGAAAGGUUUGAGCUUCCAUCCUCGUAGACCAUGGAUCGUUGCGAGUUUGCACAACGGUGUGAUCCAGCUGUGGGAUUAUCGUAUGGGAACCCUCCUUGAUCGCUUUGAAGAGCACGAGGGGCCAGUGCGUGGGGUGAAUUUCCAUCAGACGCAGCCACUUCUUGUAUCGGGUGGUGAUGAUUACAAGAUCAAGAUCUGGAAUUACAAGCUCAGACGAUGCCUGAAGCCUGACUUGUUGGGGCAUCUUGACUACAUCAGGACUGUUCAGUUCCACCACGAAUAUCCGUGGGUGGUCAGCUCUUCUGACGAUCAGACUGUGCGUAUCUGGGAUUGGCAGCAGUCUGGCCGACCAUGUCUUGUAGUGCUCACUGGCCAUAAUCAUUACGUGAUGUCUGUUCAAUUUCAUCCAAGAGAAGAUCUCAUCGUUUCUGCAUCGUUGGAUCAGACAGUCAGAGUGUGGGAUAUUUCUGGCCUCAAGAAGAAGUAUGUUGGACACGGUGUGGACGACAUGCAAGGACAAACCAGCGUCCCGAAGAUUGGUGCUGACCUUUUUGGGAGCACAGAUACCACUGUGAAAUAUCUCCUUGAAGGCCAUGAUCGCGGAGUGAAUUGGGCAUCAUUCCACCACACGCUUCCCCUCAUUGUGUCGGGGGCGGAUGACAGGCAAGUCAAGCUGUGGAGGAUGAACGACUCCAAGGCUUGGGAAGUAGACACGCUUCGUGGACACGUGAACAACGUGUCUUGCGUUCUUUUCCAUCCCAAGCAAGAGCUGAUCAUCAGUAACUCCGAGGAUAAGUCCAUCCGAGUGUGGGACAUGUCCAAACGCACUGGUGUGCAGACAUUCCGACGGGAACAAGACCGAUUCUGGAUCCUAGCAGUUCACAAGGACCAAGGUCUUCUUGCUGCUGGUCAUGACAGUGGCAUGCUCGUGUUCAAACUUGAUCGUGAGAGACCUGCCUUUGCAAUGAAUGAGGGCGGGCCCAAUACAGGCUCUCAGCUGCUCUACGUCAAGGAGAGAUACUUGAGAAUGUUUGAGCCUGGUUCAGGACGAGACAUUCCCCUUGUGUCUAUCCGAAGGUCAUCGGGUCCAAACAGUGCCCCCCGUUCCAUGGUUUACAACGAGGCUGAGAGGAGCGUCUUGAUGUGCACAGACGCCGAAGGCGGAUCCUACGAAUUGUACCAGAUCCCUCGCGAUGCCUCCAAGGGCGCACAGGAAUCUGUGGACUCUAAACGGGGUCUUGGAUUGGCAGCUGUCUUUGUGGCUCGGAACCGAUUCGCUGUUUUGGACAAGAGCAGGCAGAUUCUGAUCAAGAACCUGAGCAAUGAGGUGACCAAGAAACUCUCACCACCCCAUGCAACUACGGACAUGAUUUUCUAUGCUGGAACUGGCAUGUUGCUUUGCAAAGCAGAAGACAAGAUCACUCUCUUUGAUUUGCAGCAGAAACGGGCCAUGGGAGAGAUCACUUGCCCUAAUGUCAAAUAUGUUGUUUGGGCGAGCGACAUGAAACACGUUGCGUUCCUGAGUAAGCACACCGUGGUAUUGGCAAGAAGGGAUGCCCAAAAGCUGGAGCAUUUGGCCACUGUCCACGAGACCAUUCGUGUCAAAAGUGGUGUCUGGGAAGAAGGAAGCACCAAGGCCUUCAUCUACACGACUUUGAACCAUGUUAAGUUCUGUUUGACUCAAGGGGACAGCGGCAUUAUCAGAACCCUUGAAGCCCCAGUAUAUCUCUGCAAAGUGAUGGGAAACAAACUCUUCUGCUUGGAUCGGGAAAGCAACACUCUGACGCUUUCUAUUGACAAGACGGAAUUUUUGUUCAAAGUGGCAUUGCUGGAUCGCAACUAUGAUGAAGUUCUUAGAAUCAUCAAGCGCUCCAAACUUUGUGGGCAGGCAAUUAUUGGAUAUCUUCAGAAGAAGGGCUUUCCAGAAGUUGCGCUUCAGUUCGUGAAUGAUGAAAAGACGAGAUUCAAUCUCGCGAUUGAAUGUGGCAACAUUGAAGUUGCAUUGGCGUCGGCUUCAGCGCUGGAUGACAAGGACUGCUGGCACAAACUUGGUGUUGAGGCUCUCCGACAAGGAAAUCAUCAAAUUGUGGAGAUGGCAUAUCAAAAGACCAAAGACUUUGAGAGAUUGUCAUUCCUGUAUUUGAUCACAGGCAAUACCGAGAAGCUCAACAAGAUGUUACGGAUCGCUGAGAUGAGGGGUGACGUCAUGGGAAGAUUCCACAAUGCUUUGUACCUCGGUGAUGUGAAUGAGAGGAUCAAGAUUUUGAAGGAUCAGCAACAGCUUGCUCUGGCCUACCUCACUGCUGUGACCCAUGGAGUUACAGAUGCUGCAGCAGAGAUUGAAGCUCUGAUUCCGGAGGAACUGCUACCUUCGUGUAAGCCGAAAGCUGACGCUUCUCUUCUGUUCCCUCCAACCCCAAUCUUCAGAGAGAACAAUUGGCCGUUGCUGCGUGUCUCCAAGGGCUACUUUGAUGGACCUGUCGAGAAAGUGAGCGAGUCGAAGCUCAACGAAGAGUUGGAUGGAGAUAUUGGUGGUGGAUGGGGUGGAGAUGACUUGGAUUUGCCCGGUGAAGGUGGAGGCGAUGUUGUCCAAGAAGAGGAUGCGGACAUGGGCGGAGAAGGAUGGGGCGGAGAUGGCGUGGAUCUCGAGGAUGGAACAGGAGAGACCGGGGAUGGAUGGGGUAUCGAUGAACUGGAUCUGGAUCUCCCAGGUGGGGGAGCAGCCACAGGCAAGAGUCCGGGAGGAAACGUUGGAGGAUUUUUUGCCCCGCCUACGAUGGGAACACCAGCAGCUCUUCGGUGGCAACAGGCUUCCAAUGUACCUGGCGAGCAUGUCGCUGCCGGUUCCUUCCAGAGUGCGAUGGAGUUGAUGAACCGACAAGCCGGUGUGGUCAACUUCGAGCCGAUGAAACCUAUCUUCACAAGCGUCUACCUAGGUGCUCAGUCCUUCUUGUCUGGAAGUCCAGGUGCCGCUAUCAUGGAAUGCGCGAUGCAUCGCAACAACGAAAAUUAUUUCUGGAGUGCAAGAGGUACUGAUGGAAUGCCUGCGGUCUGUGCAACAGUGCCUACUCUUACCGACCGUAUCAAGUCUGGAUACAAGGCCUUCACUGAGGGCAAGCUUCCUGAAGCCUUGCAGAUCUUUGUCUACUCGUUGCAGUCGGUUCUGGUCGCGUGUGUUGAUUCAAAGCAAGAGCUUGACGAGCUGCGAGAACAAAUGGGCAUCUGCAAGGAGUACAUCACGGCGAUCAUCUUGGAGACAACGAGGCGCGAGCAGUUCAAGGAAGAUCCGACCCGCAACGUCGAGUUGGCGGCUUACCUCACGCACUGCAACUUGCAGCCCUUGCACUUGCUCAUCUCGCUGAGGUCGGCCAUGAGCAGUUCAGUGAAGAUCAAGAACUACAACACGGCUGGGUCGUUCUGUCGCAGGCUGUUGGAAUUGAACCCCAAGGCUGAGCACAAGGAGCAAGCUCUGAAAGUUCUCAAAGUGUGCGAGGCGAACCGUUCCAACGAAGUUGAGCUGCAGUAUGACGAGCGAAACCCUUUCGUUGUGUGCACAAAAAGCUUCGUUCCGAUAUACCGCGGCAAGCCUAUUACGCGCUGUGGAUUCUGUUCGGCUCCCUUCGAUCCUGCGUUCAAGGGCCAGGUGUGCGCAGUCUGCCAAGUCGGAGAGAUUGGCUUGAAGGGAACGGGGCUGAUCAACUCAAGACACCAACGGAACAAGCAAUCCUCCAACGACAUGGGAGACUUUGAUGAUUGAGCGGGAUAGCCCCAAUCCGCACGCUCUUCCCGACUGCUGGCCUGGUCUCAUUACACGCUUGCAAUGAAGGGUGUUUCGUCCACU